AUGUCUAAUGCUUAUUCGCUUCCUCAUAUGCCUUCCAUCACCACUACUGGUCCCACUUCAUACUCUCUCCCAAACCUCGGUGCUACCACUUCAUCUUCCUCUACCUCCUCCCAACAAUACCCUCCUCCAUCAACAGAUUCCUCCUUUUCCUAUUCUUCCUCCCAGCCUCGCCUUCCUCCCAUCAAUUGUAUUACAAAGCCCUUUCAACAUCCUCCUCCCCAAUCUUCUUGGCCUCCUCUCUCUUCUUCCGUUUCUCCUUCCUCCUCUUCCGCCCUAAAAGAAUCUUCCUCCUCUUCUUCUUCUUCUUCUUCCAUACCUUACUCCCGUACCCUCCCCUCUUCCUCCAAUCCUUCUUUCCCAAAUUCCCUUUCCGCCGCCGCCGCUCCUUCUUUAACCUCCAACAAGGAUCCUUCUUCUUCUUCCUCUCCCGAAUCCCUUCACUCUUCUCCUUACGCGAAUUCCAACAACUACAUGCCCCUCCCCUCCCAACAAUCCAUCUCUUCGAAUCCCUCCAUUCGAAACGAUGCUUUUACUACCUACGUUCAUUCCGUCCAGAAUCCAAAUCCUCCUCUGAAGCCUUUAUACCUCACUCCCCAGAAUCUCCCCCCUUCUGCCAUUUCUUCGGGUUCUAGCAAACCUUCUUCCCCGUCCGUCCCUACUCCCCCCCUCCAACAAAUACCUGUCCCAGACUACCACCAUCAGUCUUACUACCAUCAACCUCAUAAGCAGCAGUCCCCCGCUUCCAAUCCCUCCUCUCAUUCUUCUACCCUCUCCAAAGUUUGCCCACCUACUGGGCCUUACCCUCUCAACGCAAACGUCUCUUACGGCCGCAAUGAUUACUUGCGUCGUGUUACCUCCAUGGUUCCCGUUCACACCGACUACAUGAAUCCCUAUGUGCGAAACCCAGAACUUCGCACGAGCCAUAAACUCGCCGAACGAAAACGCCGUAAGGAAAUCAAGGAGCUCUUUGAUGACCUCAAGGAUGCUCUUCCGGUCGACAAGAGUACAAAGUCUUCGAAAUGGGGUUUGCUAACCCGUGCCAUUCAGUACAUCGAACAACUUAAAUCAGAACAAAUGGCCUUGGAGUCCCAUAUCAAGAAUCUUGAAAAUCAACCUCAUAGAGAAAAUCAAGCCUGA